AUGGGUAUUGUAAUUGCUCGUGUGUGGGCGUACAUGGAAUAUAUCGAAAAAGUUAAAAGCUUAACAGAAACCUACAAACCAACACUUAGAGUCGAGAACGGAUGGUAUUGCGUUCAGUCCAUCUUUUCACGCUUCUAUCAGGAUCUCUUAACGUGGGAAGUUGACCAGGAUGUUUUCUCGAUGCCGUUGCACGACCGGCAGGCGGCGCGGUCCACUUAUGGUGUACGUGCCGGUUUCCUCGGGUUAGACUACGCCAAUGCACUUUCGAUGGUUAUUGCGCUCAAAUUCAUACUCCAAACCGAAAUUCACGAUGAGCUCUGGGCGAAAUACCUGCCGUCGGACGGGCUUGAACACCUGCACUCACACAAAAUGGAUGGAUUCGAUAAUGUCGGUCGCUUUGUAGCGGAGCUUUAUAAGCGAGCAUAUGCCGCACACGGUAAGGAGAUUUACACGAGGCUUGCCGUACCCAAGUGGGUGGACGGGGAAAGGACUUCUGAGACGAUCUUUAUUAGCCUCACGCCACCUCUUUUGACGUCCAAGCUGAGGCCCAUCGACACCGUCAACGACACGACUCGUCAUACGUUCCCGGUAAUUUUGCAUUCGUCCGAUCUCGAGUAUGGUUAUACCAAGCUCAAAAAACUUGAGUAUGCUUCCGUAGGUGCACCGUGGUUUAUGCCGAUGGUUUAUGAUGCAGAGGUAUUGCAACAGAACGAAAAAUACCUGGAAUCUCUGCCAUUGUUUCUAUCUACUGAUAAGAACAUACUCAAAGCCUCUUACAACUCUAACUGUAGCUUUCCAUUUGAAGGAAUCAUAAAAAAGGUCCAAAAUAUAUGA